UGGCCGCUUGAAAGGGGCCUCCUAGAGGCGGAGGAAUCGUCAUUUCUGGAGGCCGCAGUCGGCUUAAGAGAGUUAGACUCUUACACAGUCCUAAGGGGAGUGGCUACCACCGAGACCCAUAGAUCCCUCUUCGUGAGACGACCUACCUCUCAUCGUUUCCGUGUCCUCUCUUCCAGAAGGCCCUUGGAAUCCGCAGUGAAGCCCCCCUCCUCCUGUCUCCCUAACGCACGAGAGUGGGCCAAAGGCCUAACAGGAUGAAACACUGGAGACAACUGGGAGAAGCCUCAGAGAUCAGAGAUAACCUCUCACCUCAUGAAUGCGGUCUUCUCCCUCCUCUACCAAACCCCCUCAAAAUAGACAGUCUCAGCCUUCUACUGAUGCUGACAUUCAGUCCCUCUUGGAAGAGCAAUACUGGUGCUUGCAGAAGGGGAGAAACACAGUUUGGGAGGGUGAGGAGGUGUGGCAGUGAUUGCCAUGAGCAGAGGUGGGAUCCUGGGCAUCAGUGCUGAUUUUCAGGUGGACACUCUUGGCAACAGACUUACCUUCUUCCACACAAGGUCCUUUAUAUCCUUUGCAACACUGACUCCAGAAGGGGAGGAAAGAGUUCAGACUGGAUCUUUCCAUUUUCUCCCUCUCAACUUUUAAUACCUCCAGGCUGUCACUUGCACCUGCCAAAGUCUGUCUCUCCUUCACCCACUCUUUCCAGCCUUCCAUCACCCCCAAGGCUUGAUUUCCCUGUAAGUCUCAGUGCCUCUUACCCAGAUCUCCCAUCUGGAAGGAAGGAAGAAAAGAAAUCAGACCCAAAUGGAUGGCUCCAGAGAUUCUGACGAGGAAUGCAUAUCCAAGAAGCAGGGUAAGCGACCAGCCCUCCUUGAAAGUGAUUUCCUGAAAACAGCCUUCACUGCCAGUCCAGCCUCUCAGGAAUUCUACUUUGAGAGACCGAGCAGUUGUUCAUCCUAAACACUCCUAAUGAAUGAAAAGGAGAGGUAUUGUUGCCCUGGGCGGAGCUGUUGGGUUUAAAGAGCUGGAACCCACCUGGGCUGAACCCAGCCCCAGCAGCCUCUCCAGAUCUGCACCCGGCUCUCAGGACACUGAAGCACUGAGAGGUGAAGCAAGCCACUGAGUCACACAGCUGUUCGCUGCCUGUUUCUCUGCAGCUCAGCCCGGGUGUGCUCACCCUUUGCAGAGACUAUCUUGGAAUUCAUCCUGAUAUCGCCGGAGGCCCAGACCUUUGGGAACAAUAGCUCAGGGUACCUAGCCUUUUGAGUGGGGCCCUGCUCUGCAGCCAUAUCAUGAACAGAGUGACCCGGGGCCUUCUCCUCACACUGGCAGGCCUGCCUGCCUUAGAAGCCAAUGACCUGGUUGAUAAAGACAGUCCCUUCUACUAUGACUGGGAAAGCCUGCAGCUGGGCGGCAUGAUUUUUGGAGGGCUCCUGUGCAUCACUGGAAUCUUGAUAGCCCUGAGUGGAAAAUGCAAAUGCAAGUACAAUCAGAAGCACAGCCCCUUACCUGAGAAAGCCAUUCCACUCAUCACUCCAGGCUCUGCCAGUACCUGCUGAGCACAGGACCAGCUUCAUGGCACUCUUGGUACUGGCUCCGAUGCUGUUCCUUCCCCACCUGGGGACCCUACGCUCCAUGAUGGCCUUUCCCCCCAAGGGUGGGCCUUUAGGCUCCCUUCUGAUCAGAAGGCUGUGCAAAGCUUAUUUCUAAAUUAAACUGUCUCACCCCUCC